CAGAGAAAACCUCCAAUUAUGACCUGAAAUGGCAAAUUAUUAAGUUUAUUGUUAUGCAGUCUCAUUAUGUAGUAGUUAAAAUAGAGACAAUGAGCACAUUGUUUUUCAUGUUAAUGUUUUUACAGUAAACGUAACCACCUACACACUUAAGAAGAGAAGCUGUAACAUCCUGGGAAGUCAGGCUCAUUUUUCUGCUUCAUUCAAGAGAUGGAAAGUGCAUGAUUUUUAGCUAGAGCCCUGUAGAGAAAUAGUCUGUGGCAGAAGUCUGUGGUUUUCCAGGUUUAAUGAGCAUUCGUCAGUGACUGAAGUUCUUCCUUUCAUCCAAGCGUUUUGGAUCUGAACAUCAUUUCUACCUUGCAAGGCUUUUCUCCAUACGCCAAACUGGAUUUCUUACAGAUGAAGCAGCUGAAACGGAAAAGGAAAAGCAAUUAUAGUGUCAAAGAAACACAGACGUUAAUCAGAGAAAUUAGGAAACGUAAAGAUAUACUUUUUUCCAAGCAGCAGAACACUGCAAUUAAUGAGCUGAAAAGAAGGGCUUGGGAUGAGGUUGCUGAAUGUGUGAAUGCUCUUGGAGAAGGCGAGCUCCGUACUGCGGUGGAAGUGAAACGGAGAUAUCUAGACUGGCGAGCAUUGAUGAAACGAAAGCAGAUGAGGGCAGAUCUCUCCGAUAUCAAAAAUGAAUUCAAUCCUUCUUCACCAGAUAUUGAGAAUUCCCUUAGUGGUGACCAAAGUAUGGAUCUGAAUGGCUUCCCGAAGGAUUCUUCUUGUGAUUGGCAGGAUUUGGCUGAGUUUGGCGAGCCUAGCAGUCUACCUUCCUCUGGAAUCAAAGUUGAAGAAGAGCCUCAUAAUUAUAGGCUUGAAGGUGCAACAACUGGGGGAUCUGUAGAAGAAGAAGAUGAGAGCUUCCCUUCUAUCCUCCCUGAUAUUGACAGAGAAGGCAGGGUACCAGAGGUGUUUGCUCAUAUUGAUGAGUUUGGGAUUUUAAGUGCCACGAAAGCAGCAGCAAGGGAAGCCACUGCAGAUGGAACUAACAUUCUGAUUGCUUUGGAAAAGCAAAGGCUAGACCUGGAGAAGCAUCGUCUGAAUGUGGAGUCAGAAAGGCUGCAGGUGGAGAAAGAACGUCUGCAGAUUGAGAAAGAAAAGUUGCGCAGAAUCGACAUUGAACAUGAACGAUUACAGCUAGAGAAAGAGCGACUGCAAAUUGAGCGGGAGAGAUUAAGGCUGCUCAUGUUUCAGUCUGAGAGACCUGCACUAGAUUGUGAACAUGGGCAGAUAGAGAGAAAACCAUGGCAACCUGUUGAUUUGGAGACAGAAAAACUCAAACUUGAGAAAGAACGUUUGCAGCUGGAGAAAGAGCGGCUGCAGUUUUUUAAAUUUGAGUCAGGAAGACUUCAAAUUGAAAAAGAAAGGCUUCAAGUGGAAAAAGAACGCUUACAACUACAGAAGGAUGGCCAGCAACUAGCUCUUCACCAGUAGUAAUUUUUCUUUUUUAUUUAUGAUAACUUAGUCACCAAUCUUAGAAAUUCAAAGUGCUUUUAAUGUUUAUACUUGCGUGAAAAGUAUGAUUUUCAAAAAGUGCUAGUUAUUAUCAGAAUUUGUAUCAAAUCUUGCGUUAUCUAAUGUUCAACAUUCUUUUGUGAAGCUGUUGUGGAAUAUUUAAAUUGUUCAAUAUCCACUUCCUGGUGCAUAUAUACAUACUUUACAAACUUAUGAACUGAGAUAUAGUCAUAUAACACUUGUUGACUUUAUAUAAAAAAAAAAAAAAAAAGGAAAAUAUUACAUUCUGUGGUACACUUCUGCAGUGUUAUGGCCCUGUUGACCACUCACAAUUCUUUUUGAGACUUUCUCAGACAUGUAGACAUUUUUGGAAUAACGGUUAGUUAAUCUCAGAAUAUGCUUUUUGUUUAAAUCAGUCCAGUAUAUAAACGUACUGUACAUUACGCUUAUUUAAGGAUGUUCAGAGGAAAUGGUGGAAAAUUUGAAGAACAAAAUUGAAGAAUUUAUGCUUUAGGAAUAAAAUCUUUACAUCUGUGUCUUUCACUUAGUUCAUUCACAGCAAAAUGCUAAGGAGAUUCACAUAUAAUAUUUUGUAUUUGCCAUGCAGUAUAGUUGAGUAUAAGAUUACUCCAAAGUACAAUAAUUUAUUAAAUAUUGAGAGAUGGGUAUGCCUUGAAUCACACUGUUAUCUUAUUUUCAGGAUGCUGUAACUAUUGAGGUCUGUAAAUCUUAAACAUUUUCUUACACAUUGUAAAACCUUAAGUGGUUUGUCACGCGUUACAGCCUUUACUUAUAUUCUUAUAUUAGUAUCGUAACAUUAAUCAGCAAUGGUAAUGGAAUCCUCCCUAAGAACUAUAUGUUUGUACUGUAGAAAAGGCUUCAUUAAUAAUUCUUCAUAUGCAGUAUUCUUAUUUUUCAUUGUGUAAUGUGCCACAACACAACACCUGAAGUUUGAAACUGAACAAAGUGAAGGCAAUUUGUGUCAGCCAAAAUGAGCCACAUCAGAGUAAGUAACCUUAGACCUAGUAACAUCAAAUGCUUAUUCUGAAGAAGCAAAAAAAAUAUAUUGAUUUCAUUAUGAGGUUAUCUGAUGAGAUUACAUUAAAAGCUUAUUGAAAAUAUCAGCAACUGAUCUCUUAACAAUUCAGUUAGUAGCACUGUGAAAGUUUAGGCAAGGCCACUUGCCAAAUAAACAAAAUCUGUGCAUUAGGCAUUUCAGAGUCUUGAUAUUUUAGAAUGUGAUGAGGUGUCCUUGGUCUCUGUUUGUUCUUUUAAUGUAUAAUCCCUUUUUAACUGUAGUAUAUAUUUGUUAAACCUAAACAUAUUAAUUCAGUAAGCUUGUAACGGGUUGGAAAAUGACUGACACAUUUAAUUGAUUUCAGAUAUAGGUACAGUAUAUGUAUUAUUUCUGGCAGACGUUGCACAUUUUGAAAGGCAGUUUCAAUUGCUAAGGUCUAGUGCUUUCAGUUUCUUCUUGCCCAUGUCUGACACUAGCUAGAAAACAACUGCAGUUCGGUUUUGUCUUUGAAAUGAUAUAAAUCCAUGUACAGUGGAACCUCGGUUCACGACCAUAAUUCGUUCCAAAACUCUGGUCGUAACCCGAUUUGGUCGUGAACCGAAGUAAUUUCCCCCAUAGGAUUGCAUGUAAAUACAAUUAAUCUGUUCCAGACUAUACAAACUGUAUGUAAAUAUAUAUAUAUUUUUUAAAGUUUUUAAGCACAAAUAUAGUUAAUUAAACCAUAGAAUGCACAGCGUAAUAGUAAACUAAAUGUAAAAACAUUGAAUAACACUGAGAAAACCUUGAACAACAGAGAAAACUAAUACUGCAAUAGUUUGCGCUAUAGCGCUACCAACCGCUGGCUAAAAACACUUUUUUUUUUAAUGAGUUUUAAGCACAGGGAAAAAAAUGAACAUUUGAAAAAAUCCAUACUUUUCUUGGUGGUUUAUUAAAUUAACAUUGCAACAAUGCACACUACGAACCGAUCGCUGUAAACAGAAGUGAAAACAAAAUCAAGCCCAGUGCAUUCUUUAACUGCCUUCUCUACCUUAUGCGUCCAGCUGUCUCUCUCGCACUGCCUCUGUGUGUGUGUGUGUGUGUGUGUGUGUGUGUGUGUGUGUGUGUGUCUGUGUCUGUCUCUCUCUCUCUCUCUCUCAUGUGUGCACAGGGAGAGACUGAACAUGUACAAACCGAAAGGGAAACUGGCUUAUUCGUAUACUGAGUGUGUGGUUGUGAACAGAUGCAAAAGUUUGGCGAACGUUUUGGUCGUAAACCGAUUUGUACGUGUUCCGAGACGUUCGUGAACCAAGGUUCCACUGUAUACUGGAAUGGUAAAUGUAUUCUGGUGGAACAGACGGCAAAGAUAGAUAGAUAGAUAGAUAGAUACUUUAUUAAUCCCAAUGGGAAAUUCACAACAUGUAUAUUGUUGAUCGUGAAAAGCAUGAUGAUGGGCCAAUUCCCCUUAGUCCAGUUCACAUCCCAGAUAGAGCCAAGUGUGAAUGCUUUGGUCUCCUUCUCUUUUAUGUUGUUUAACUCAUCAAUGUAUGUCUCUUUGUCCCUCAGAAUCUGCUGAUAUUGCAUUUUUGUAUCUGAUUGACCAGGUUUGAAUCUUCCCCCUCCUUAGUUGUGGUUAACCGGAUAGUAGGGUCUGCAGUUCCUUUACCUGACUUUUGCUUUGGAUGAUACAGUAGGUACACAAGGUCUUAUACCGUCUCUGUUACAUGAUUUGUUUUUCUCUUUCAUGAAGAUACAGACGGUCUAGUCCCACAGGGCCAGAAGUGAUUGGGGUGAAAAUAAACAUGGGAACAACUUGCUAAAAAGUUUGUACGUAAUAGAGGCAAAAUCUAGUGCUGAAAAGGGUAUGCCCAGAGUUUUUUCCUAAAAAUUCACCCCAUUUCCCACCAAUUCAUACACUUUAAACGUUCAAAAUUGCAAUGUCCCAUUUCUUCUCAUGUAUCAGACAAAAGUAUAAAAUAACUAUGGAAAGAAAAGGAAAGAGAUGAACUGUGACAAUGAGAGAAAAAAAGUUAAAGUUGCUGUUAUCAAUUCAAGAGCUUUGUAACUGAAGCCUAAUAUGUUAAUUUAUGUAUCGUAUCAUUUUGACUAUUGCAUUACUACAUGGCAUUACAAUAGAAAGUUUAGUUUAGUUAAUCAUUUAGUUGUGUAGUAAGAAGGUGGAUGCAGUGUAGCCUCAUCCAUGGAUUGAUGUCACAGUCGUUAGGCACAUUUACACUUUCAGGUGUAUUGAGAAACAAAAUCGGCAUCUCCUGUGGCUCUUCUUUAUCAGUUCAGCAGUUCUUUUUGGUUUCUUUUUUUCCUGGUUUGUGAGAGCCCACAAUAUAGUUCAAUUGCAUAUUUUAGAAUUCAUUAGUGGGCGAGCGUAGCUGCCAAUUCUUUCAAACUCACAUUGACUCCAAUUUCAUCAUCAUAAAUGAGUGACAAAAGAGUAUAUAGAACUGGCAAAAAUGCAUUGUUUACUUUUAACAUUAGCUUAGCGAUGUCUUCGAAUGCCAAAGUAUAUCUGGUUUUUCCCUUGCGACUUGUGAUGUUUAUUUUUAACACGUGUAAUGUGUUCUUUGAACUUAUGAUACACAUAUGUUUUUCGAAGACCUUUCAAAAGGUUUGUAUGUUUUAACCACAGGUUUGCUGUUGGUUGGGCCAGGUUAAGAAGAGCACCAGUGCCCUUUGCCAUUUAAAUUACUAAACAUUCUUUGAGCUCUGCAUUCAUGAGUCAUUGGAUCAGUUUAGAAGUUGCACAAUCAGUGUACAAUCCUAUUAUACAUAUAUAAUUUACCUACAUGCCUGGCACUGCGAAUGCAUUUACAAAGAUAUCUUAUGCCCCCAAAAGUUACAACAUGUUGUCAAAGAGCAUGUAGCCUGAUAUAGCAGUUUGUGCCUCUGUAUGAGUGAAUUUUGUUAGUUUCAUCAGAAAAAUCUGUGGAAUGCUACUUCAGUUAACAUAGUGCACAUCAGUAAGUGCAAGUAAUGCAAAUUAAAUCAUUAUAAAUAAGAAAAAUAAUUGUAUUGAUCUAUUUGUUUUAUUUAAUUAAAAUGUUAAUGUCAAGCAGUCAUACUAGACCUCAAUAGCCAAAUCAUUGUUUUUUAUAGUUCUGGGAUGAAAUUAGCUUCAGCCUGCUUGUUAUGAUAGUAAGACUGUUCAGACUAGGUAUUUGUUGUCUCUUGAUCUUCCUUACACAUGCUUUUCAGAUGGGAAAUUCAGUUUCUUUU